AUGCCUCCGUCAAGCCUCGAAAAGACCGCUACUUCACUCAAAAUCCUACCACUUAGUCUGGAGCAUGCAGCAGAGGCCCCUGGAACAUUCAAGGAGUACAUGGCAUCCAUGCAUGGCAAACAGGCGGUUCUCGAUAAUCCAAACCUCGUUUCUCCUUUCGAGCCCAAGACCCUCGCGACUCAUCCGUUUUCAUGA